AAAGAGGCGAAUAUCGCGCAGUAAACAUCAAACUAUCGCAGCAGUUUCAUACGGGCAAACAAUCCGUACGCUAUCCCGGACCGGUGGUCGACUGUUUUCGCUGUUCGUGCCAAGAGACAAUUGUGCCUGAAACGAGAGGGCCACUGCCAGUGGAGUGUACUAUCGCCACCGAUGUUCAAUCCGUAUCUUUAUCAACAAAAUUUGCUUGCGAACAGUCCGUCGAAGGGAUACGAUGAGGUGUACAAGUGGGACAGUGCUCGGUGGGUAGAGGCGGCCGAAGGUGUGGUACCGCCGGAUGCCGUGGUCGGCGGGUUCGAGGGUGGCGAGUACACCUACAUUGGGCGCUGCAAGCAUCACAAAACCAUCACCCCCGGGCGCAUCAUUCCGUCCCGGAAGGCGUGUGUGAUUUCGUACGAUUGCCGGGAGCAUGAAAAACACGACUAUCAGGUACUGUGCGGGUACCAGGGACGGUUCGUACCGAGCGCUCACGGAUACAUUCCGGACGGAGCGUUGCGGGCCGGCGUGACGGAACACGGCAAACCGUUGUACAUCGGAUUGGUGCGGCUUGGGCUAACGUCGAUCGUGGGCAAGGUGCAGCCCGAUCACUGGUGCUGCUACAUUUCGAUGGACGAGUGGGAGAAAAAAUAUUUGGAGUAUGAGAUCUACGUUUCCGUCCACGACUACAGGGGACCGUUGGAUUCGCCGUAGGGGCAGACCGGCCUGCUGCGCCCAUAUCUACCUCAGUGUGGUGAUCGAUCGAUCGAAGGUUUUUGCCUGUUGUCUGGAUCGUGAAACGCAAAGAUGUGGAAGACAAAACGCUUGUGCUCUUAAUUGCCUUUAAUAUUCAAUAAAAUUAAAUACAGUUAGCAUCAGCCAAAGC